UCAGUACCAAAAGCAGUAACCCCGAGCUACACUCGGGCUUGCCAUGCGGCGCUGCAUAGGGAGUCCCUGCAGAGCUUACCUUGUCCUUCGCUCCCGCAAUGUGUCCCCUUCAGCGUCCCCGGCCAUCUCCUCCGGCCGAUGCCGGCAUCCGGCUUGUGUGUUCCGGUCCCUGUGACGUCGGGACGUACGAGCGGUGGCAGCGGCAGGAAAUUUGAAAAUUUUAAAAAAUGUCAUUUUUUUUCAAAACAAAUUUUUCAUAUGCUUUGUCCUGUGACCUGCCUGCCUUUUGUCUGUUCUUUC